UGUCGUCUGCAAGUGCAAUGUGGCCGAUGUGUCGAGGCGAGCGCCCGCCCGGCCGAAAAUGAACGAGGACCGUAGGUGUUCGUCGAUCGAGUGGUGCUGAAACCGCCGGAAAUCGAUGCGCGCGAUCCAGGACGCCGUUGGAGAUUGUUGGAGAUUCGCGGGAAUGCGCUGGACCUGCUGACGAGAGUGACUGAGCGCCGAGCGCUGCCCCCGACCCCGGCCCCGCGAGAGUGUCGCGACAACAAAGGACGAAAGGACCUCAUCCUCGUCCGUGCCGCGAGCGCGACAGUUGAAUUAAAAUCGGCGGAGACGAGAGUGGACGGGCGAGCUGGUCCCGCGCCGGACGACCCUCCGCUCGCCGAGGCAUCGAAAUUCGAGGUUAUGCAGCGGAAUCACGAGAGAAUAAAGACGUCAAGGUAGUCCGAUCUCAUGCGCUAGUAGCUGCUUAAUGUGAGCGAGAGAGAGAUAGGAAGAGCGGAGAGGAGGGAGAAAUCUCACGGAUAACGCGCGAGGAGGCGGAUUAUGUUUCGAUACGUAAUUCGGCGAGCACCGAGAAUGAGAAACUGAAGCCUUUCCGAAACCGAGGUCACCGUCCCCGUUUCCAGAUCAGCUGAUUCAGCGAAGCUACAAGAGUACAAGGUUCGACUGAGCUUGAAUGAAUGUUUGUUGAGUGCACGUGCACCCUUGCUUAUUUGUUGAGAAUAGCCGUCGAACGAAGCUCCGUUUUCGUGCCAAGAUAAUUUUGCGCGUGUUAAGGUAGCUGGUAGAUAAUUAAAAUAUCGCAGAGAGAAUAGAUAGGUAAGCUGACAAGCCCCCCUCUAAAAUUGGAAGAUGUCGGCGAACAAUUCAACGUCGGUGAGUACGAGCAGGAGCGGCGGUAAUCUUCAAAAUCGAAAUUCGCAAAGGUCUACCCUCCUGAAAGUGGUGAUCCUUGGUGACGGCGGUGUCGGGAAAUCCUGCCUUAUGAACAGAUUUGUGUCGAAUCACUUCGACGAGCACAGUUUCCAUACCAUCGGGGUGGAGUUUCUGAAUAAGGAUAUCGAGAUCAACGGCGAGGCGUACACGCUGCAAAUAUGGGACACAGCUGGGCAGGAGAGGUUCAAGACUCUCAGGACGCCGUUUUACAGAGGCUCGGACAUUUGCCUGCUCACUUACGCGGUAGACGAUAGGACGAGUUUCAAAAAUCUUGCGCUAUGGCGAUCUGAAUUUCUUAAGUACGCGGACGUUCAGGAGGGCUCCACUUUUCCAUUUAUUGUUGUCGGCAAUAAGGUGGAUGUUCCUGAAUCCGAGAGACAAGUUUAUACCGAAGAGGCUCAAGCUUGGUGUUCAGAGAACGGUAAUCCUCCGCUAGUUGAAACUUCGGCGAAAGACGCCACUAAUGUCGAGGCAGCUUUUGGGGCAGCGGUUGACGCAUGGGCGCGACUCGAAGCUAGAUUAGAGCGGCCUUUAGUGGAAGACACUGUCGAUCUCUCUAAACAGCAGUCCCAGCAUCGUACGAGCUGCUGCAUGCCUAUUUCCGGCACCGAGUAGAUCCACAUUUGUGACCAGAUAAUUGAAACGGGUGGUAAGAAGAUAGACGCUACGCACGGUCUUUAUGUGAUGCAAGCCGAUAUUUCUGGAAUAAUCGAUUAAAAGUUUUCUUUAUAUUUGGAAGGGAUAUACACAACGUCGCACUAUUGAGUUUAUAGAAACGGUGCUUACUCUAUUUAGGAUCUAUAAGGAUACACUACAUUACACAAUACAACUGUAAGAGAUUAUUUUUCUUUGUUUGGCCUGUGUCUUAUUUUUUUUUGCAUAUUUACAGUAAGAUGCACAAUUCUUUUAUACUCCGUAGACAAUCUGAAUGGCUGCUCGCUACAUAAUAGAAAGUUUCGAUUAACUAUAAUCUCUUUUCGCAAUUUCUUUUCGGUUUCAGUUUCAGAGAUAGACAUUUUUACGAAUUACAUUUAAGAUAUCGGUUUCUUUACUCUUGGCAUACUUUGUUUCUAGGUCUAACAAAGUAAUUUGAAGAGAAUCUCUUGCCUGUCUACAAUACUCUCUUCAUUAUACGGUGAACUUUCUUUGUUGACAUUGGAAUUGCAUCGGUUGUGUGUAAAUGGAAUAUAUUAUAUUUCAAAUUUUUUUACUUAAGACCAGUUAAGAUUUCCAAAGAAUGUAUGAACCGCAUAGGAUAUCAUUAGCAGUAAACGAGCGAUUUAUUUACCGACUGGUUUAUAUUCUCUUUAUUAUGAAUUUUAACGAAAUACUCGAGCCACCGAGUAUAUAAGACAAAUAAUAUAUUGUGAUUGAUCUUUCCAGAAUACAACCUUAAGAUAUAAUCAUAAGAUCAGAUUAAACGUCCUUAUUCUAUCAACGCUUUGUGCAGCUCUUAAGCUACUGACAGUAUUUUAAGUGUUUCAUACACCAUUGGCUUGUGAUAAAAUAAUAAUGAUGAUAAUAAUAAAUAAGAAUAAGAAUAAUUAUGGAUUAAGUUAUUACAUAAGAGAUAGGCAUAAAUUGUAAUUUUAGCUUUGUAAUCUAAAUGCCUUAUUCUCGUGACAUACAUCUGAGAGCAGUAAAGCGACGCGACUUUUAUUUAAGCGAGAUCUUGCUAUAAAUACCCAGUAUUUAUAUGCGAAUUUGAUGUUUGUACAAAAUGCAGCAUAUACCUGCUCUUGGAACAUUCUGCAUUCAAUGUCUAACGAUUUUCCUUAAUAUUAUGAAAGUGAAGCUUUUUGUACGAUCGCUGAUGCAUAUGAUGUGUUCCUACAACCCCCGCGUAUCUCAUUCAAAAUGGUACUUGAUUCUUUAGAAAUGCCUCAUACAGAGUACAAAGAAAAAGUAUGUAAUGAUUUCCCAAUGACACGAUUCGGAUUAAUUGCGUAUGAGAUGUGCAUGCUGGUGCUUUUUAUAUAUGGCUAUAUGUGGAAUAUAUAAAUUUAUAAUAAUAGAAUAAUAAUGGUUAAGAUGUUAAGCGCAUAAAACUGAUCAUAUCAAGGUGAUGACCACCUCAUAAUUAUCGUGAAUCCAGGCAUUCGUACACCAAAUCUCUAUACGAAAUCUAUGAAUUAUUUUUAAAGGGAUACACUGCUGCACAUAUAUAAAAGUCUUAUUUGUGAAAAGCGCGCGUAUCGAUUGUUAUUUAUUAUUUUUACAUAUUUAGUAAACAGGGCCAUUUCUCGUAUGUACAUGACCUAUGUAAAAAAUAUAUAUAUACAUAUA